UACGCCAAAAAAAUGCUUAUUAUUGUUACAAAAAUAUAAACGUGAUAAAAACUUGAUUAGCAGUUGAAAUAUCAUUCUUUUGCAUUUUGACACUUUAUUUACUUUUACUUUCAUUUUGUCUGCAAUGGCAGUGAAGAGAGUGGCGGUGAUCGGGGCUGGAGCAGCCGGCCUCUGCUCUGUACGUCAUCUCAGUGCCAGCCCUGAUCUCUUUAGUGUAGUUUGUUUUGAACUAAGCUCUACUGUAGGGGGGACAUGGAAUUACACGGACAACACAGGGAAUGAUAAGAACGGUCUACCAAUCCAGUCCUCCAUGUACAAAAAUCUCAGGACUAAUUUACCAAAAGAGGUCAUGGCUUUCCCACACUUUCCUUUCAAAACUUCUUUGCCUUCAUAUAUAACACACGAGUCUGUGUUAGAGUACCUGAAAAGUUACACCGACCACUACAACCUUCAUAAACACAUCAAGCUGAAUACAAUGGUAACCACUGUGAAAUCAAGACCAUGUGAUGGAGACAAGGAAUUCUGGGAUAUAUCGUACUGUGCUGUAGACGAUCAGAGCAAUGUUCACAGAGAAGAGUUUGAUGCUGUUAUGGUGUGUAAUGGGCAUUAUUCCCUCCCUUUGUAUCCCACAAUUCCUGGCAUGGAAAGCUUUCAGGGUCAGGUGAUCCACAGCCAUAACUACAGGAGUCCUGAGAUGUUCCGGGACAAAAGAGUGGUGUGUCUGGGAGCUGCAGCGUCAGGACAGGAUAUCGCCAUCGAUGUCUCGCGGGAAGCCAAAAUGGUGUGCUUGAGCCACAAUAAACCUCCCCUACAGACCUAUCUCCCAGACAAUGUACAACAAAAGCCAGGGAUUCGGGAGUUAGGGGCUAAUUCUGUCACAUUUAACAACGGUGACGAGGUCCAGAUUGACGUCCUUCUCCUGUGUACAGGAUAUCACUAUCACUUCCCCUUCCUCUCUGCGGACUGUCAGGUCCAGAUCUCAGAUGAGAGAAUCACCCCACUGUACAAGCAUUUAAUCCACAUCGAUCACCCCACUAUGGCUUUCAUAGGAAUUCCUAAGACAAUCUGUCCAUUUCCACAAUUUGAUGUUCAAGUGCGAUUCUUUUUGUCUUCUUUAUCGGGAAAAUUCAAACUUCCGUCAGGAGAAGAGAUGAGGCGGGAUACGGAGAGUGAUUUUGAGAGGAGGUUGGCUGUGGGAUUCCCCCCGCGGUAUGCCCAUGUCCUUGGGCCCAGACAGUGGGAAUAUAACGACGAGCUAGCUGAGUUAGCGGGGGUGGAGCUCAUUCCCAGGGUUGUCCAGAAUCUUUAUGACUAUGUCCAUGAGACCAGAGUUAAAGACAUUGUACACUACAAAGACAUAAACUAUAAACUUGUUGAUUCUGAAACUUUUAGAAAUUCAGUAAAGGAGUCCUGAUUCCUGAAGAGAAUAAAAUUGGAAAAUUCAGAAGUCUAUUACUGUUAAGUGUUAAUGACUUUUUAAUAAAAUUUUGUUUUUAGUCUUAUACAAAGAACUGGGAAGUCCCUGUAUUGUUUUACUGUCUACCUCCAGCUCAGGUUUCAAGUGUACAUGUAUUAUAUUUGAAUGAUUUUUAAUAACCCCCACAAAUAAAGUUUUUAUUUGAUGGGGGUAUGUAGGACUCAACUAGUCUGUCUGUCUGUCCAUCUAUCUGUCUGUGCAAUUUUGUCCAGGCCUAAAACUUUGUAAUUGAGAAUCACUGGAAGCUCAUACUUAAAAAAAAGAAUAA